GUUCAACCUUUAUUCAAAGACUAACUGAACGGUGUCGAUGUAAAAAUUAUUUCAUUAUCAUUAUGUCGCUGCGAAUUAUUUCUCAAAGGUUUUUAAGAUCUCAUUUACUUAUACCAGUAGAGCUGCAAUGCUGCUGCCAAAGAAAAUACUCAGUAAAACUUUACCCAAUGGGAAAGUUCCAGGAACCCAACGAGAAGGCAGAUUCUUAUAUGCCUGGACAGAUGUUCUUCCACAAGGUGUUUGCAUACAGAGGAGUAGUGCUGCAGUCCUGGCAAGCUAGAGUAUAUGACAAUGAUGAAAAAGAUAGGACAGGAAGGACAAUAAGGUCAAAAAGAAAGACACAACUUUACUACCAGGUUCUUGUUGAUAAAACAGAUUCUCAGUUCAUAAGAGCAGAAAAUCUCUCAAUGUCAUUUCUGCCUUUAGAAUAUGGCAACAUAACCAAUAACAGAAACACUAUCCAAGCUCAACCAAAUUCAAUACCAGGUGUAGACUAUGUAUCACACCAGGACAUGAUGCCAUAUCAAGUAACAAGUGAUGCAAAACCCAUCAAACAUGAACUCUUUGACAAAUUUUUCACAGAAAUUCCUGAUUCUGAUACUACUAAAAGGUAUGAAGAAAAAGAUACAUUAAAGUCGUUCCAGGAAUCUAAUCAUCCCUGGUUAAGUUUGUCAGAUGUUUUUAAGGAGACAACUGAAAAUAUUAGAGUGACAGUGAUACCUUUCUACAUAGGCAAGCAGGAAACAUUUAGCAAGUACUGCGAAAUAUUUAGCAAGUACUGGUGGCGAUACUGUAUUCGUAUAGAGAACCUUGGAGAGGAAACCGUACAGUUGAGGGAUAGAAACUGGAAAAUUUUCUGUAAUAAUAAUUCUGUGGAGACUCUGCAGGGACGAGGUGUUAUUGGCAAGGAGCCUAGGCUUUCGAAAGAUUCACCAGCUUUUCAGUAUAACAGUCAUGUCUCCCUGGACUACCCUUCAGGAUAUAUGUGGGGAUUAUUUACAUUUGAAAGAGAAGACGGUUCGAAGAUUGAGUGUAAAAUACCGCCAUUUAACUUACAGAGAGGGGACGUGAAACUGCACGACCCCAGUGAUGAUAUUAUAGGAUAAACAUGUCUUCCCUGCAUGUGAUGUUUUUGUUACACAGAUUUACAUUAAUUGUGAUAAAAUGCUUCGCAAUCAUGUUAACAACCUGCCGUACUAUGCUCGGAAGAUAUACUUGUGACUUGAAGCAGAACAAUUAUAUUUGAUUAUUAAAUCAAAUUAUUGUAAAAUAUCUGGAGUAAUCACAUAUUCUAACAUGACCAACAUUUUUCCCUAUUGAACAUUGAAGGACUGAAAGUAUAUGUAAAUAUGUAAUAAAAUCUGUAUUUUUAGACAUGUGAUGUAACCAUUAAAAAUGGAGCGAGACUUAAAAAGGAUUGGGGCACCACACUAAAUACCGUAAACUGGUAUAUAACAGACAAUGUGCUUGAAUGAUUAUAUACUAAAAUCUCGCCUUAAAUUCAACCAACGGAAUGAACUUUAAAAUGAUUUAUAUUUGAUAAUGAAUGAAAAAUGUAAGAAUCUGCAAAAAACAAUGGUAUUACCAUGAUUUCUGCAAGUGUCUACAGUAACUGCUCCAACAUUGUAUUGAGCUAAAUCCUUAAAAAUGUGGCAUGCCAAAAUAAGUACGGAAAUAAAAUUGGCACAAUUUAGCUUGAUAUCAGGCACGGCAGCAUUUAUUUGUUGAUGUAGUGUUAAAAUCAAGAUGAUAUAUAUCCCAAGUAGUGAUUUUAUUGCUUGACUGUUUGUAGAUCGGAUGUGCAGCAUCAUAUAACUUGGGCUAUGCCCUUGUGAUAUAAUUCCUCACGUCAGAACUCCAAUUAAUAAUUUUAUUUAGCUAUAAAAUCCCUGUUCGAGAUAUAUUAUUUCUUAAAUACAUACGUCUGUUGACAUUGUGUUUUAAAUAAAGAACAAGUAAAAACAGUAAAACUUGAUUGUAAGAUGUGCAUGCUUAAAAUAUAUGUUUUGUACUUAAUUAUGUGCUGUGAUUAUUAAUAGUUCAAUACUAUUGUAUAUACAGAGACUGUUUUCAAAUGGCAGUGAGAAGAAAUCUUGCCAUAUGUUCUAAAGAAGUAAGGAUUGUUGUAAUUGAUUAUUUGUAUCAAUUGUUAUUUAUGUCAAUUUUUAUUUCCUCCCAUUUUAAUUGUGUAUAAUAUACAUGUAUGAACAUUAUAUGAUCUUAUUAUACAUGUACAGUUUUUAUCAGUUUAAUAUUUAAGGUGGUAAUCAUGUUACAAAUGACCGUUUUGUCUCUUGCAUAUUUUUAUGUAAAUUGUACGAGUGCACAGGGCACACAUAACUCAAUGAACUUUCAACUACAUUGACAGACAAUUCAUUCUUUGGCUCAGUGGUUUAGAACUUUGUCUUGAUUUGCUGGAAAUUGCAAGUUCGAAUCCCAUAAAGGGUGUUUGGUUCCUUUUUUUCUAGAUGCUAUUUUGUUCCCAGAUCAAUUGCAUCUUGUUACAAAAAAAAAUUGUACUGUUUAUAAGAUUUUGAGAGAAGAAAAAUCACAUUUUAUAUAAUUAUGAUAAUGAUGUUCAAUUUAAUUGUAAAAUGUAAUGUAUUUGAAUGUCAGUUAUAUGAUAAUUCCUUUACUGGGUUAAGUCUUUAUUUGAUUGUAAUCUUUGUGCUAUUACAUAUUUAAGUUUCACCAUGCAAACUGUUAGACUGCAAGUCUUAGCAGUUGAUAUAUUAAAAAGGAUUUGAAAAA